AAAUAAAUGCCACGUCCUGUUGUUUCCUUGUACUAUCUCGCAUGUCGUUCUCUCUGUUGUAAAUGCAACGAACUACUCCCAGUCCCAUCCCGUGAUUAUAGCUGUUGGUGCCGAUGGAGGAGUCUGAUGAGCUCAAUCAGACAUCAGUGUAAACGAGCACCCCCAGCAGCAGAGGCAUCACUGCCAGCCGCAAGACCUUCAACCAGGAAAGGGCACACCUACUACCUAGGUAUAUCACGUAUAUUGAUCGUUGAAGCAUGGCUAUAGAAAUAGAAUCAUCUGAGUUGAGAAGAAUUACUAAUAAUUUUUCGGACGCCCAAAAAGUUGGAAGUGGUGGCUAUGGAGACGUUUACAAGGCAGUCUACAAUGGGGAAGCCAUGGCAGUGAAGUUGCUUCAUGCGACCAAAGGAAUUGAUGACAGACAAUUCAUGAAGGAACUCCGUAACCAUAUGAAGGUCCAACAUCCAAACAUUGUACGUCUAGUUGGGUAUUGCAAUGAAGAGACCAAGAAAUAUGUUGAGCUACCUGAUGGCACGUCUGUUUUUGGUAGACACAUAUACAAAGUGCUCUGCUUUGAAUAUAUGGUUGGUAGAAGCUUAGAUAAGCGUCUGUCAGGAAUUUCUCUAGGAGAUGAAUGGCGCACACAUUACCAAAUAAUAAAGGGGACUUGUGAAGGUUUGUUUUAUCUUCACAAUGGAUGUGAAAAUCGGAUCCUCCACUUGGAUCUAAAGCCUGCCAAUGUAUUACUUGACAAGAGCAUGAAACCGAAAAUUGCGGAUUUUGGAUUGUCAAGGAUCUACACCGCAAGCCGUAGCCAUAUCAAAGUUGAUUCAGUUUCAGGGACAACGAAAUACAUGCCGCCUGAAUUAAUACACGGGAGCGAGAUGUCAGAUAAGACUGAUGUCUAUGGUUUAGGUGUUACAAUCAUAGAAGUAAUUAGGGGAUCUGGCGGUUUUGAAAUUUAUCACGACUCAGGGGAGACAAAUUUUAUUGAAGAUGUAUGUGCAUAUUGGAGGAAGAGGGAUAGCACAACAAAUUUAUAUCAAGUGGAGACAUGCGCCAAAAUUGCAGAUCUCUAUGCACUCACGGUGAAUUCAUCCCCGGUUCCAGACAAGAUGUCCAUUACCAUUUCAGGAAGGAGGGCACUGGAUGUGGUGAUUGUCUAUGCCUUUGACUGUACUGACUCAACCCCAGCCUGGUACACAGUGGAUAAUGGGAUCUUUUGGUUGGUGCAAGAAAAGCUAACCAACUUGUGUGAUAGUUGCAUGGGCUAUAUUUACCCCAUGUCAACCCCUAACACAUACACAUCGGACAUGAAAGUAGUUGACUCAGCUGAGACAAAGGAAACUGGCUACACGGGAUUCGCCUGGCGCAGGAUGACUUGCAGUAAAAAUAUGGCAUCAGGCCUUGCCGAGGCCCAUAAAAUGAUCAGCAAUCGUGGUUGCCACAACGGCAUCAUAUUGUUCUUCUCUGACGGCUUAAUAAACAAAGGGGACUUCUUUGAUGGAACAGAGAACUUUGUCUCCAAAGUGCCUGUCCACACAUUUACCCUCGGUGGGGACGCAUAUAACCGUGUUCUCAACUCCAUUGCGGCCAAUUCUCCAGGAGGGAUGUUUCACACUAGCAUCGUUCCAGAAAGGCCAAAUCUGUCAACACCCUUCUCAAAACUACUGGAUGGCCUCCUUGGCACUACCUCAAAGGGCGAUGCGAUGCCUCUUAGUUACAUUUCAGGAAGGGAUCCACUAGAUGUGGUGAUUGUGUAUGCCUUUGACUGCACUGAAUCAACCCCAGCCUGGUACACGAUGGAUAAUGGGAUCUUUUGGUUGCUUCAAGAGAAGUUGAUACACUUCCCUGAAAGUUGCAUGGGUUACAUCUACAUCGACAUGACCCCAAACACAUACACAUCCGACAUGAAAGUAGUUGACCCAAAUGAGACGAAGGAAACUGGCUACACGAGAUCCGCAUGGCGUAGAAUGUCCUGUACUAAAAACAUGUCAUCAGGACUUGCCGACGCGCAUAAAAUGAUCAGCAACCGCGGGCACCACAAUGGCAUCAUAUUGUUCUUCUCUGAUGGCUUGAUAAACAAGGGGGACUUCUUUGAUGGAACUGAAAACUUUGUCUCCAAAGUGCCUGUCCACACAUUUACCCUCGGCGGGGACGCAUAUAACCAUGUUCUCCACUCCAUUGCAACAAAUUCUCCAGGUGGGAAGUUCCACACCAGCCCUGUUCCAGAAAGGCCAAACUUGUCAACAUCCUUCUCCAAGCUACUGGAUAACCUACUUGGCAGAACCCGAGAGGAUGAUGAGAGGUCUGUUAGUUCCAUUUCAGGAAGGGAGCCACUAGAUGUGGUGAUUGUGUAUGCCUUUGAAUGCACUGAAUCAACCCCAUCCUGGUACACGGUCGAUAAUGGGAUCUUUUGGUUGCGUCAAGAGAAGUUGACGCACUACCCUGAAAGUUGCAUGGGUUACAUCUAUGUUGACAUGACCCCAAAUACAUACACAUCCGACAUGAAAGUAGUUGACCCAAAUGAGACGAAGGAAACUGGCUAUACGAGAUUCGCAUGGCGUAGGAUGACCUGUACUAAAAACAUGGCAUCAGGACUUGCCGACGCGCAUAAAAUGAUCAGGAACCGCGGGCACCACAAUGGCAUCAUCUUGUUCUUCUCUGAUGGCUUGAUAAACAAGGGGGACUUCUUUGAUGGAACUGAAAACUUUGUCUCCAAAGUGCCUGUUCACACAUUUACCCUCGGCGGGGACGCAUAUAACCAUGUUCUCCACUCCAUUGCAACAAAUUCUCCAGGUGGGAAGUUCCACACCAGCCCUGUUCCAGAAAGGCCAAACCUACCAACAUCCUUCUCCAAGCUACUGGAUAACCUACUUGGCGGAACCCCAAAGGAAGAUGAGAGGCCUGCUACUUCUAUUUCAGGAAGGGAGCCACUAGAUGUGGUGAUUGUGUAUGCCUUUGACUGCACGGAAUCAACCCCAGCCUGGUACACGGUGGAUAAUGGGAUCUUUUGGUUGCUUCAAGAUAAGUUAACGCACUUCCCUGAAAGUUGCAUGGGUUACAUCUAUGUUGACAUGACCCCAAACACAUACACAUCCGACAUGAAAGCAGUUGACCCAAAUGAGACGAAGGAAACUGGCUACACGAGAUUCGCAUGGCGCAGGAUGACCUGUACUAAAAACAUGGCAUCAGGACUUGCUGACGCGCAUAAAAUGAUCAGCAACCGCGGGCACCACAAUGGCAUCAUCUUGUUCUUCUCUGAUGGCUUGAUAAACAAGGGGGACUUCUUUGAUGGAACUGAAAACUUUGUCUCCAAAGUGCCUGUUCACACAUUUACCCUCGGCGGGGACGCAUAUAACAAUGUUCUCCACUCCAUUGCAACAAAUUCUCCAGGUGGGAAGUUCCACACCAGCCCUGUUCCAGAAAGGCCAAACCUAUCAACAUCCUUCUCCAAGCUACUGGAUAACCUACUUGGCGGAACCCCAGAAGAUGAUGAGAGGCCUAUUAGUUCCAUUUCAGGAAGGGAGCCACUAGAUGUGGUGAUUGUGUAUGCCUUUGACUGCACGGAAUCAACCCCAGCCUGGUACACGGUGGAUAAUGGGAUCUUUUGGUUGCUUCAAGAGAAGUUGACGCACUUCCCUGAAAGUUGCAUGGGUUACAUCUACGUCGACAUGACCCCAAACACGUACACAUCAGACAUGAAAGUAGUUGACCCAAAUGAGACGAAGGAAACUGGCUACACAAGAUUCGCAUGGCGUAGGAUGACCUGUACUAAAAACAUGGCAUCAGGACUUGCAGAGGCGCAUAAAAUGAUCAACAACCGCGGGCACCACAAUGGCAUCAUCUUGUUCUUCUCUGAUGGCUUGCUAAACAAGGGGGACUUCUUUGAUGGAACUGAAAAUUUUGUCUCCAAAGUGCCUGUCCACACAUUUACCCUCGGCGGAGAUGCAUAUAACCAUGUUCUCCACUCCAUUGCAACAAAUUCUCCAGGUGGGAAGUUCCACACCAGCCCCGUCCCAGAAAGGCCAAACCUAUCAACAUCCUUCUCCAAGCUACUGGAUAGCCUACUUGGUGGAACCCCAGAGGAUGAUGAGAGGCCUGUUAGUUCCAUUUCAGGAAGGGAGCCACUUGAUGUGGUUAUUGUGUAUGCCUUUGACUGCACUGACUCAACCCCAGCCUGGCACACAGUGGAUAGUGGGGUCUUUUGGUUGGUGCAAGAGAAGCUGACCCAUUUUCCUGAUAGUUGCAUGGGUUACGUCUACGUCGACGUCACCCCAAACACAUACACGUCGGACAUGAAAGUAGUUGACCCAGCUGAGACAAAAGAAACUGGGUACACGGGAUUCGCCCGGCGCAGGAUGACCUGUGGCAAAAACAUGGCAUCAGGCCUUGCCGAGGCACAUAAAAUGCUCAAAAACCAUGAUUAUCACAACGGCAUAAUCUUGUUCUUCUCUGAUGGAUUGAUAAACAAGGGCGACUUUUUUGAAGGAACCGACAACUUCAUCUCCAAAGUGCCUGUCCACACAUUUACUGUCGGUGGUGACACAUAUAACCAUGAUCUCCAAGCCAUUGCAGCAAAUUCUCCAGGUGGGACGUUCAACGCAAUUCCAGUUCCAGAGAGACCACAUCUCUCAGUGCCCUUCUCGAAACUACUGGAUAGCCUCCUUAGCGGCACAAUGGAGGACAGAAAUCAUCAAUAGUGUGGGUGAUUUUUUCAAGUCUUAGAAACGCGCGCAGACACUCCAUUUCAAACAGCUUUGAUCAUUUCCUAUGUUGAAGUGCCAUAUACUCUGUAGUACUAUCUAAUAAGUGAGUGACACUAACCUGUGUGUGCAUAAAUUGCAUGGAUGGGAUUGUCUCUCUUUCGUUUUUCUUGUAACCAAAUUUUUUUUGAGGGUCACAACUAGGACCUAAUCGACAAGGUUACAAUCA